CACCCUGUCCAACUGCUCUGAACCAAGGACACUGCUCAAGGAAGGGUGAAGCCAUCAUGCCCUACAGGCCAGCUCAGGUUCUAGAACUCAAGGUCGGUGAAGAUGCUAGAUCCUAGGAACGUGCCUGAGAAGGAACUUUCAGAAGAGUCAUGUGAGCUGGAAGCAGCAGCUGUCCUUCCCGCCUCCUGUCUUCAACAUCUGGACAGCAGUGACUGGAAAGAACGCAUCUCUUCCCUGGAGGCCUUUGAGAGGGCCGUGGAGAAGAUGGAGAAGAGCCAGGUGCCCUGCCAGGCUUUGGUGAGGCUGUUGGACAAGGAACCGGGAUGGAGGGAAACCAAACUCCAGGUGAUGCAGAAAAAACUCAGGGUCGUCACCCUCAUUGCCCAGAAGGGGAAUUUCUCCAGAACCGCUGCUCAAUUUGUCCUAGGAAACCUUGUGGAUAAGAUUGGGGAUGUGAUCUGUGGGAAGGACACCAAGGAAGCCCUGACGGCUGUAGCAGAGACAUGUGGCCUCCCUUGGACAGCAGGAAAGGUCACCGAAGCGGCCUUUUCACAAGAGAGUCCCAGAACCCAUUCGGAAACCCUCAACUGGCUGGCCGAUGCCAUUCAAGACUUCGGUUUCGAUGGCAUGGAAGCAAAGACCUUCAUCCGUUACACAAAAUCAUCCCUGGCCGCGGCGCAUCCGGAUGUGCGAGCUGCUGCCUUCAACCUCCUGGGGGUGAUGUACUUAUGCGUUGGAGCUCCUCUGAGGGCCUUCUUUGAGGAUGAGAAGCCGCAUCUGCUCUCCCAGAUCGACGCCGAGUUCGAGAGGGCGAAAGGCAAGAGCCUCCCCGCCCCCAGCCGAGGCAAGUACAAGCUCUGCGGGGAAACCGGGACUGAGCAGAGAGGGGGAGAUGCGCGGCUUCGUAUGACAAACGCGGUGGACCUCAGCGAGAGGAUCUCCACAGAGCUGAUGCUGAAGAUGCAGGACUCGAGCUGGAAGGUCCGCCGGGAAGGCCUGGAGGAGCUCUCCAGCCUCCUCAGCGAGGUCAAAUCGAUCCAGCCCAGCAUCGGGAAUCUCCCGGUUGCCUUGAAGUCCUGCUUGCAGGACUCGAAUAAAGGGAUCGUGAAGCAGACUCUUGUGGUUCUUCAGCAGCUCGCCAGGGUGAUGGGACCGGGCAUCAAGUGCCACAUCAAGACUUUAGGUGUGCCGCUCGUUGCUGUUUUCAGAGACAGCAAGAGCAGCGUGAGAGCCAUGGCCCUCAAAACCGUGGACACCUGGGCUGAGCAGGCGGGCACGAAGGAAUGGCUGGAUCAAGAAGAUCUCUCCGCGGAGCCGAAGAAGGAGAAUUGUCCCCAGAGGCAACGGAUCCUGGGGUGGCUGGCUGAGAAACUGCCCUGCCCCAGUUCAGCCUCCGCUGACUUGGUCCGCUGCCUGCCUUAUCUCUAUUCGUCCCUGGAGGAUCAUCACGAGGCAACUCGUAUGGUAGCCCGUGAGGCCCUGCCAUUCUUCCUGCUUCAUCUCGGUUUUGAGAAGAUGUCUGAAGCCGCUGGGAAACUGAAACCGGCUUCCAGAGACCAAGUCUUGCUGGUCCUGGAGGACACCAAAGUUGGGUGGCCAGCCAAGCCUACAACACCUCUUGGCAACCCUCUUUCCAAGUUACCAAGGAGCACACCUUGGCCCAAGUCGACUCCUCCUCAACAGUGCAAUAUGGCCUCUUUCCCUGCUGAAAAUGUGGGCUCCGCUGAGUUGGACUUGGAGGCCAAGAAAGCAAAACUGGAAGGAAUCGCCUCUAAAGCAAAGAGGAUGCCAGGUGUGAAGGCGAAACACGGCACAAAGGAAGACAGCAGCAUGGUUGGGCCCAUUUUCAUGGUUGUCCCCAAAGCCAAAGAGCAACGGAUGAAGGACGAGAAGGCCCUGAAGGUGUUGAGGUGGAACUUCAGCACCCCAAGUAGCAAGUACGUGGAGCAGCUCAAGGCCCAGAUGUGCGGCUGCCUCUCGAACGGGAUCCAAGAAGAGCUCUUCCACUCCAACUUCCAGCACCACAUCAGAGCUCUGACCAUCAUGACGAAGCACUUGGAGAUGGAAAAGGAGGGAGUCAUCAGCUGCCUGGACCUCAUCCUGAAAUGGCUGACUCUGAGGCUCUUCGAUACCAACACAUGGGUGCUGAUGAAGAGCUUGGAGUAUCUCAAAAGGCUCUUUGCGCUGCUCAUCCAGGAGAACUACCAGCUGACGGAGAGCGAGGCCUCCUCUUUCCUGCCCUACCUCCUGCUGAAAAUGGGGGCGACCAAGGAGUCCAUCCUCAAAGAGGUGCGAGGAAUAGUGAAGCAGACAAUCCUCAUCUACCCCGUCUCCAAGACUUUCUGCUUCCUCCUGGAGGGAGCCAGGGGAAAGAACCCCAACCAACGGGUGGGAUGCUUGGAAGAGCUGGGAUGGUUGUUGAAGGAGUGCGGCACAGAGGUGUGCCAACCCCUCCCAAGCAAAGCACUGAAGACCAUCAUCAGCUUGACCGGGGAUUCCAACAAUGCCGUCCACAGCGCCGCCUUGAAGGUCAUUGCAACGGCCAGAGACGUGUACGGGUCAGAAGCCUUCAAGACUGUGGCGGGGAUAUCCGAGAAGCACAUGAACUUUUUGGAGGAGAGCAUUCGAGAGGAAGCAGCGCGGCGAGUCAAAGAGGAGAAAGCAUGCAUCCAGGUCUCCAACCUGAGGUCAGGAGCGGUCGAGGGCUCCAAACGAAGCCACGGGAACAGCAGCCACACCGGGGAAGAAUGCCCAGCUGUUCUCCAUCAAGACAGGACUGAGACAGAGAACGCCGUUUGCCAGAGUCCCAAACGGAAUGACCAUGUUCCCAGCGCUGCGAGCCUUGAAUCUCAGACUGGGAGAAACAUCAAUAUGAUUAUCUGCCGUGUAGCCAGCAGCGACAUCAACACCAGCAUUGAGGCUGUAGCAGAGAUCCAAGAGAUCCUAAGGCAGGAGGACACCGAGAAGACCAUGUCUGGCCACAUCAACCAGUUCUUGAUUGCCACCCUCCGGCAGCUGAAGUUCAUCCAUUGGCUCCACAUGACGGCAGAGGAGAAGACAGAGAUGGGGAAAGUCAUUGAGCUUUACGGCUGCAUCGUCUGCUGUAUGGUCUCCCUCUUCCAGGUGGACAGCCUGGCUCAGGAGACCUCCGCCGGGGUGCUGAAGGACCUGUUGAACAUCCUGAUCACCUUACUGUUGGAUUCUCCAGUUGGAGACCUUCCCGAGGGGCAAGAAGUCACCCAGUCCAUCAAUCUCUUGAUGACAAAGGUGCUGGAGAGAUCGGACCAGACCAGAAUUCUCAGCUCUUUGCUGGGACUUCUUGGUGAGAGUUUGAUGGCCUCCGCUAGUCUUCUGGCCUUCUCUGAAGUGGUAGCCAAGUGUUUAUGGAAAACCUCGAAGCUUCUUCCCCAGACGAUCGGUAGUGUCAAUUUGGACCAGAUCUUGCUGGAUGUCCACAUCUUCAUGAAGGCUUUUCCCGAAGGGAAACUGAAACAGUGCCAAAGUCACUUCCCACACCGGGCGCUGAAGACUCUGAUACACACCCUCUGCAAGCUAAAGGGAGCGGAGAUUUUGGAUCACCUCCUGUUGAUACAGGAUAGAGGCGAGUCUGAAUUGGAGGCCUACCUGGGGAAGCUGGUAAGACCCUCAGAAGAACAGGACCGGGGGGACAGGGAGAAAGAGAAUUCCCUGCCAACGGAAGGCAAAGUCAACACCACACUUGCCGACAUUUUCAAGAAGAUCAACUGCAAAGAGACUGCCAGGGCUGGUCUGGAAGAGCUAUAUGGAUACAAGAAGCAGCACCCCGAGGCCGACUUGGAGCCAUUCUUGAAAAACUGCUCCCUGCUCUUCCGCAGUUACGUCAAGCACGGUUUGGCAGUAAUAGAGUCAGAGAGAGGAGGCAAGCAGAGCAGCUGAUCUCCCGAGAGGCCAGCUUGGAGA